UUUAUUUAUCUUUGUAGUCAUAGCUCAGGAGCUCCGCAAACACAAUUCUUUCUUUCUUUAUUAGCGUCUGCGUUCUCUCCCUCUCUCUCUUUCUCUCUGCUUCCCGUGUCUUAAAGUUUCAAACUUCUAAAGCUUCAAAAGGUGCUUUUUCUUGGUCCGCACCUAUUUGCAAAGCCAAUCACUCUCAUGGCUGUGCAUUGUUGUACAAGAAGAGAAAAUGGGUUUGCCAAAUGUUAGUGGGGACUUGUCGACAGAAAUGGAGGCUGAUGCUUUUAGACGUCUUUUCCCUCUUCUUUUUCAUGAGCGUCAUCUUGCUGAAUCUAUUCGCCCUGAUGGUAGAUCACUUGGUAGAGCUAGAGAUACAACACUUGCUCUAGGUGCUGUUGUAUCUGCUGAUGGGUCUGCAAUAGCAAAGAUUGGCUCAACUACCAUGAUGGCUGCCAUAAAAAUGGAAGUCAUGACGCCGUCUUCAGAGUCACCAGAUGAGGGCUGCAUAGCUAUUGAUUUCCACAUGCCUCCAAUUUGUUCUCCACUUGUUAGGCCUGGUAGGCCCGCUGAAGCAGCACCAGUUGUGUCAAAGCAAUUAUCUGAUACAAUAAUGAGUUCAGCAAUGAUUGAUUUAAAGGAACUAUCCCUGGUUAGUGGAAAAGCUGCAUGGAUGGCAUACUUGGAUAUUUAUUGUUUGGAUGCUGAUGGUUCCCUUUUUGAUGCUGCUUUGUUCUCAGCAGUUGCUGCUUUCACCAAUUUGCAAAUUCCCAUAGUUUCUCUAAAUGAUGACGGAAAGGUAGUAGUUGUAUCUGAUGAAAAUGAGGGGGGAAAGCGGGAAAAGGAGGCAGUCAACAAGGAGAAGAGGAAGCUCACUCUACGGAGCCUGCCAUUCUCGUUAACAUGUGUACUUCACAAGAACUACAUCUUGGCAGACCCCACUGCAGAGGAAGAGUCUAUCAUGGAAACUCUUGUAACAGUGGUUUUGGAUUCAUCUGCUAGACUUGUGUCCUUUUACAAGCCAGGGGGACCAGUUCUUGCCUAUACUUCAGCUGUUCAGGAUUGUGUUGCUUUAACAAGGCAAAGAGUGAAAGAACUUCAAAAUAUCUUAGAUGAAGCCCUUUCUGGCAUGCAGAUUGACUAAGUUUGAUAUUUUUGUGCAGAGGGGAUGUGCAAUCAAUUAAGUGGGUGGUAGUUAUGCCUUUAAAUUACAGCGACCACUCUAUUUUGUUCUUAAGGUGAACUAAUUAGGUCUUCAAAUAGAUUAUUGAAUGCAAGAUUUGUUAGUGAAUUUUGGUUGCAUCACUGAAAAAGCUUUUAUGUUAUAAUUACGUUUCACUUUUAUGCAAUCAAUCAUAAAAUUUUGUCGA